CAUAGAGUAGGCCGCGAAAUAGGUCGCGCCUUUGGGCAGGGAGCCUGGCUGGAGCCGGCGCGAACACGGCCCCAGAUCUGCGCUGGUGAGCGCGCUGCGGCCCCGACCGCUCGGGCCUUCUCCUGGUCCAGCUGCCCCAGCUCCGGGCGGACUGGCGCUAGGCCACGGCGAUCGUUGUCCCGCUCCCACCGGGUGCCCCCACGGGCCCCGCCCGCCUGGUCGGCUCUGCGUUCCCGAACUCGGUCCGGAACCCGGCAUCCGCCAUUCCCGUCUCUUAGCAGCGCCGAGUCGCGCACACGUCCCGGAGUGCGGGGCCUCAGGCGAGGAAUAUUGAAGGAUGUUUGUUCCAAGGUCUCUAAAAGUCAAGAGGAAUGCUAAUGAUGACGUCAAAAUUUGUGCUGCCAAGAAAACUAAGCCAGAAGCAGAAGACCUUCAGCUGGAUAAAGGCAAAAAUGAUUCAAUUGAUGCUUCAGGUACAAAAGAAGAGGAACCCCCAGACAGGUCCAGUGGGGAACCAUUCCCCUGUCCCUGUCCAACUCAUCAGUUGACCCAGGUUGGCAUGGGGGCACCUGAGCGGGAGAUGAAGGACAGCAAUCUUUCCGAAGACCCUGUUAAGUCAUUUUCUAAAACACAGCGCUGGGCAGAGCCAGGGGAGCCCGUGUGUGUCAUCUGUGGUCGUUAUGGAGAGUAUAUCUGUGAUGAGACAGAUGAAGAUGUGUGCAGCUUGGAGUGUAAAGCGAAGCAUCUUCUGAAAAUUAAGGAAAAGAAAGAGAAGCUCAGUAAUGCACAGAAAGCUGAUUCUGAGCCAGAGUCUUCACUUAAUGUUCCUUAUGCCUAUAAAGAACACCCCUUUAUUUUGAACCUUCAGGAAGCCCAGAUUCAAAAUCUGAAACAGCAGCUAGGAAUUUUAGUUCAAGGUCAAGAUGUCAGCAGGCCCAUUAUUGACUUUGAACAUUGUGGUUUUCCUGAGCCCUUAAAUCACAACUUGAAGAAAUCAGGCUAUGAAGUUCCAACCCCCAUCCAAAUGCAGAUGAUUCCCGUGGGGCUUCUGGGAAGAGACAUUCUGGCCAGUGCAGACACUGGCUCUGGGAAAACGGCUGCUUUUCUUCUUCCUGUUAUCAUCCGAGCUUUAUUGGAGAGCAAAACUCCCUGUGCCCUCAUUCUUACACCCACGCGAGAGUUAGCUAUUCAGAUCGAGAGACAAGCUAAGGAGUUGAUGAGUGGCCUGCCGCGCAUGAAGACUGUCCUUCUGGUAGGAGGCUUACCCAUGCCCCCGCAGCUGUAUCGCCUACGACAGUAUGUGAAGGUUAUCAUAGCAACUCCUGGGCGACUUCUGGAGAUAAUAAAACAGAACUCUGUAGAGCUCUGCAAUAUAAAAAUUGUAGUAGUAGAUGAAGCUGAUACCAUGUUAAAGAUGGGAUUUCAACAGCAAGUACUUGACAUUUUGGAAAACGUUCCUAGUGACUGUCAGACUGUAUUGGUCUCGGCUACAAUUCCAAGUAGCAUGGAGCAACUAGCAAACCAGCUUCUGCAUAAUCCCGUGAGAAUUAUCACUGGCGAGAAGAACCUGCCAUGUCCCAGUGUACGUCAGAUUGUUUUGUGGGUAGAAGAACCGGCCAAAAAGAAAAAGUUAUUCGAAAUUUUAAAUGAUAAGAAACUUUUCAAGCCUCCAGUGUUGGUCUUUGUGGGCUGCAAACUAGGUGCAGAUCUGUUGAGUGAAGCAGUUCAGAAAAUCACAGGCCUGAAAAGCGUAUCUAUACAUUCAGAGAAGUCCCAAAUGGAAAGGAAAAACAUCUUGAAGGGAUUACUGGACGGAGACUGUGAGGUGGUGGUGAGCACAGGCGUCCUGGGGAGAGGCCUAGACCUGAUCAGCGUCAAGCUGGUGGUCAAUUUUGAUAUGCCUUCAAGUAUGGAUGAGUAUGUGCAUCAGGUUGGAAGAGUGGGGCGAUUAGGUCAAAAUGGAACAGCGAUUACUUUGAUCAAUAACAGUUCAAAAAGACUCUUCUGGGACAUUGCAAAAAGGGUAAAACCCACCGGAUCCAUUCUUCCCCCACAGUUAUUAAAUUCCCCUUAUCUUCAUGACCAGAAGAGGAAAGAACAACAGAAAGACAAACAGGCACAGAACAAUCUAGUUACGGGAGCUAAUCUUAUGGAUAUUAUCAGAAAACAUGAUAAGAGUAAUUCUCAAAAAUGAUUUCUUAUAUCAUUUUAGAUAUAUUUUUAUGUAUGAUCACAGAAGUUUCUGUAUAUUAUUACUGUACCAUAUGAAUAAGUGGGACAUGUAAGUGAAUACAUUUGUAUAAGUGGGACAUGUAAGUGAAUACAUUUGAAUAAGUGGGACAUGUAAGUGAAGCAGAACUUUACAUUUGAUUUUCUAAUGUAAUAGAAUAUCAAAUUUA